GGUUGAUUGACGUCUCGAUGAGAUAGGCGUGUGGUGGUAUUAUCCCCAAACAGUCGGAAGCCGCGAGGACUGACUCUGCGUCAAAUCCGAUCAGCGUGGUAAGGAUACAGAAUCAAACGUAGUUUAGUAAGAUAUUGUGCUGUCUCUCGUAUAGGAUUAGACAACAUCGAGGCUGGACGCUACGGAGUGACAAUAUCAGUGGAAUACAUUGCAUAGUGUCAGUGACAGUUGCACGUGUGGACGGUGUCGUCAACUUGUACAUUUCAGCACGUGGAGUACCUGCAUGAUACGCCCGUGACAGUUUGGGCGAGAGUGUGAACGGCCUUAGUGAGCAAUGCCUGACCACUGAGUGGCCGGUGUCCAAGCAGAGUUGACCUCAUCACAGACAGCAUCAAAUGCUGACACCUGCCUUAACGAGUAAAUGUUACCUGGAGUAUUACUAUUCCCCGACAGUUACUGCUGAGAAUUCUCUUUGAAAGAUCUCUGUACAUGAAGCUAUAACGAUAACAACACGACAAGUUCUGACCAUCCAUCGAAGAUGUCGAACAGUAUCAUCCGAGGCGUUCUUCUGCUGACCAGCUUUCAGUUGACACUUGCCAUUACCCUCACAUACAGCAUAGAUGAACAAAAACCUGCAGGAAGCAUCCUGGGGAACAUUGGCAACGAUGCCAACCUCCGAGACUAUGUUAGCGAGGAGGAGUUUCAUCGACUUCGAUACAGUUUCCUGACCCAAGGCAAUCCCCACACCUCCAACUUCUCCAUCGACAGCACAACCGGAAACUUUACCACAGCUCGAGAACUUGAUAGAGAGACUUUGUGUAAUUUCCUCAACACUUGCAAACUUACCUUUGAAGCUGUUGCACAAUCAAAUCUUGGUUCCUUCUUCAAGAAGAUCCAGCUGGAGGUUAACGUGAAUGACAUUAAUGACAAUUCUCCUGAGUUCAUGACAUCAACUUAUGUUCUGCAGAUUUCUGAAGGAGCCAACACUGGCUCUAACUUCCCACUGAUCAGCGCGGUGGACAGAGACACUGGUGUUAAUAAUUCUGUGAAGAGCUAUGAUCUUCAACCAAAGGACAGUCCGUUUGUACUCAUCACUACUGCUGGAGUAACAGGCAUCAUGUCUAUCUCACUGGAGCUUGUGCAGAAACUUGACAGGGAAACAACAGGCUUUUACCAACUCUUUGUCCAUGCACGCGAUGGUGGAUCACCCCAGAGAACUGGAACCCUCACCCUCCACAUCAGUGUCUCGGACAUCAAUGACAACCCCCCUGUGUUUGACAGUACCCUAUACACCUUGAACAUUUCCGAGACGACUGCUGCUAACAGUGUCAUCCUUCGUCUGUCAGCAACCGACACUGAUGCUGGCAACAAUGCUAACAUCAGUUACCACUUCAUGCCCCGACAACCUGAAAGUGUCCUCAACCUUUUCAACCUUGGCCACAACACAGGAGAACUCAGAACAGCUGGAUCCUUGGAGUAUGAAGCUGGGAAGACGCAUCAAGUCAUUGUGGAAGCUCGUGACCAUGGAGUUCCUUCAAAGACUGCACAAACUGUAGUAGUUGUCACCAUUAUUGACACUCACAACGACGCACCAGAGCUGUACAUCAAUGUGUUUCAUGACAGUGGCAUUGCAGAGAUAUCUGAAUUUUCAGAAGUUGGUCGUGUUGUUGCUCAUAUUGCUGUGGAAGAUCCAGACUCAGGUUCGAAUGGAAAUGUUCAGUGCUCUAUGCCAAACUCCUCCUUUGAGCUCCGUGGCCUUGACAAGAAUGAGUUCAAGGUCAUCCUUGUGAAUGCUCUUGAUCGUGAAACGGUUCCCUUUCACAAUGUGUCUGUUGUCUGCCAUGAUGGGGGCUCUCCUUCGCUCUCGGUCCAGGAAAACUUCUUAGUUAGAGUAAUCGAUGAAAAUGACCAUGCACCUAAAUUUCCAGAAGAUGUUUAUUAUGCAAAUAUCGUUGAGAACAGGAACAUUGGAACUUCUGUCAUGACACUCACUGCUACAGAUGCAGACAAUGGCACCAAUGCUCAACUCAUUUACAAAGUUCAGGACGAUCAUGGUAACAGGUUCAGCAUCUUCAACAAUGGAACUCUGGUGACAGCAAUGGAAUUUGACCGAGAAGAAUACCCUGAAGUGAUAGCUAAGAUCCUUGCUGUUGACCAAGGUAACCCUGCGAUGACUGCUACUACCACAGUCAUCAUCACUGUUGAUGAUGUCAAUGAUCAAGCCCCUGUCUUCGACAUGAGUAAAUUCCAACUCUUCGUUCCUGAAGAAUCACCCAGCUAUACCAGUGUUGGGCAGAUCACUGCAUCCGAUGCAGAUUUAGAUGAAAAUGCAAUCAUCAUGUACCAGCUCCAUGGGUCUACAAGAAGUGACUUCCCCUUUAUUGUGUAUGCUGAUGGUGUAAUCAAGACGAACCGCAUCCUGGACAGAGAGACCAAAGAUCAUUAUGAAUUUGUUGUAGUUGCAACUGAUCUUGGACAACCCCCAAUGAGCAGCACAGCUAGAGUUGUGGUAACCUUGGAAGACAUCAAUGACCACACACCUGUCAUCAUCUUCCCAACCCAGGCUAACAACACAGUGACGAUGCCACACACCCAGAGAAUUGAAUCCCCUGUCAUUGAAAUCACUGCUGUUGAUAUGGACGUAGAACGUAAUGCUGAAGUUUCCUACUUCAUUGAAGGUGGCAAUGGGAGUGCUGUGUUCAUCAUCGACCACAAGACUGGUAUAGUACGCCUUAGGAAACAGCUUGAGUCCAAACACAUCACCACUGUCUACAGCCUCAUGGUUGUUGCUCAAGAUCAUGGUUCACCCCAGAGAGCUACCCAGUCAGAGCUCUUUAUUGAAGUCAUAUUAGGAAAUGCUACAUUAUCCAUCUCCAACCAAGGAUCCAUCAACAUCAUCACUGCCAUGGUUCUGGUUGGUGUCACCAUCCUUCUUGCUGUCAUCGUCGUGGCAACCAUUUGCCUUCUCAGAAGUUCAGAUAAGAAGAAGAGGCUGUACCGAGCUAAGGCAGAGGAGGAGAAGGUCAUGUCAAGCAUGAGGAGGCAGGGAAGCAGCAUCUCCUCCUCAUCAAAAAACUCCACAACUCCUCUAGCUGAGAAGGAUGGAGAGAAGAAGGAGAAGGAGGUCAGUUUCUCAUUGGAUGAGGAAAACAAUGUCUCCCUGUCAUCUGGAUCUGUUGGGUUCAACGCUCGCAACAACGAAUGUCUCUUCACUAUCCCAGAAGACACAGAGAAUGAUAACAAGAAACAACACAAGUCGAAGCAGCAGAAGUUUUCUACUUUCAAAGAUGAUAACGAGAAGAACCACACCCACAUCCGUUUCCAUGAUGACAGUGGCAGCGAUCUGUCGGGUGACGUCAGCAUCAGUGACAGUGGCAGAGGUGGCAGUGACAUUGAAUUACAGAGUCAUGGGGGAUCCUCCAAUGUUUUGGAAUCAGAUAUGUCCUUCUCUGGUCAUCCUCGUCAUCCAAAGACUCUUGUUGAUCACCAAUCAGCUUCUCCAGCAGCAAGUUUCUCUACAUUCUAUGGAAGCGAUGCCCAUGGAACAAGCUAUGACAAUUCCUCACUGUCCGGUUCUGUUCAGUCCAAACAGAUUCCUGAUAAUCAUCUUCAUAAUGGUGCUGUUCCCUACCGGGCAAGGGCAAAUAACUCUGCACCUGCCACACAAAGACUCUCGAUACCUCCGAGAAUGAAAAACAAUCCGCAUCCAAAUCAUGGAUUACCUCCACGAGGUACCUAUAGUGCUUCUUAUGGACAGUUAUCUCAGAAUGGGGGUAGACACAGAGGACCAAAAGACGCAGGGACAUAUGUGCAUUUAAAACAUCCCACGAUUGAAGGAGAGUACAUGGACAUGAAUGGACAUAAGAUGUCACGCAUGCAUCAUAUUGAUGACACUGCGAGUGAAAUGAACACUUCCGCAUGGGAUAAUGACACGACAACAUCCGGCAGCUAUACUGUCGAUCCCGAAGAACUCUGUGAUGAAAUUGAUAGAUUGUUUUUCAAGGAAAAUAUCAAUAAGGAUAUUAUUGUGUAGAACAUGGGAGCAGUAUUUUCAACAUGCAGCGUGAGAAAUGUGUCUUGGCUAAGAGAGAUAUGUUCUUUUUCAAUUAUUUGAAAUACUUUUUCUCAACCAUGUGAGAAAAUGUCUCACGCUUGACGUUUUCGUGGCAUAUCAGUAUUCGGACAUCCUUUCCAGUAUUGAGAAUCUGUGUUACCAUGUGAGGAGGUGUUUGCCAUUCAAAUGUGUGAUAGAGACAUACAUGUUCGGGACAUGUCACAGCUUCAUGUCAGUGUUAAAGACUUGUUAUUGUUGUUAUUAUGUUGAAGUGUUAAAUGAACUGAUUUCAAAGACAUGAGCUAUCUCUAACAUUUCAUGGAACAGAGAGAUCAAAUCUCACUAAGACUUCGUAGAGAAUUUGCCAUGUUUUAUGAUUAAAUCAACGCAAAAUUAUGUAA